CUUUUAAUAUUAAAAUAGUAUUAAUAUUUUUAGUGGGAUACAAUAUAACAACAUUCUUUAGGUUUUGAGAAACCUUGCAAAUAUUAAAUAUUGCAGUCUUAGUAAGCCUGUUUAUUUGCUAAUUCACAAUAUCAUCAAGAAUUUAUGUAACAAAUUAAAACAAGAUACAAAUAUACAAAAGAUAAAAUUUUCAGUGAAGAAAAUCCAAUUACAAUGAUCUCUUUAUGGCCCAUAUAAAUCCAUACUUUAUAAUUAGUAUUUAAAAAUAUUAUGAUUCAGAUUAUUGGAAAGCAAAUUUAUUUCCAUAAAACAUCACACACCUAUUUGAGAUUGGUUGAAUUUUAUUUUGAUAAUUCUUAUCAAGUGAAAGGGAGGUACAGGUUCUAAUCUGUCAUAACCUUAUCAACGUUGUGAAGGUUGAAACUUUAAAUUUGAAACAGUGAUAACUUUAGAUAACUGAUCAUAAAGCUGUUACAUUUGUUAUACUCUGUAUGUAUUGUUCAAUCAAUAAACGUGUGAUCAUUUAUAUCGUUUCAUUUCUCUUUUCUUUUUUUUUUUCUUUUUGUCACCUUAAUUUUCGUUCAAUUAAUUUAGGAAAAAAUCAAGUUGAACAGCGAUGUCGUUUUUAAGAGCUAGUUUUAAGUUGAAAGAUACUUUAUCCAAAAGAGGUUCCAGUUUAAUAGAUAUCUCUGAGGAAGUAUUGGCAGCUUUAAAUGAGAAAAAACCUGUUAUUGCCUUAGAAUCCACUAUAUUAACCCAUGGCAUGCCUCCCCCUCAUAACUUAAAUACUGCAGUUGCUGUGGAAGGAAUUGUUAGAGAUCAGGGUGUCGUUCCAGCAACAGUUGCAGUGAUUGGAGGUAGAAUCAAAGUUGGAUUAAGUAAAGAACAACUGAGCCAUCUAGCUGAUCCAAAUACACCCAAAGUUAAAACAUCAAGACGAGAUUAUCCAUUUGUUUUAAGCAAAAAAUUAAAUGGAGGUACUACAGUAUCUGGGACCAUUCUGGUAGCAAAAGCAGUUGGUAUUAACAUAUUUGUUACUGGUGGCAUUGGUGGAGUCCACAGAAAUGGUGAAAACACGUUGGAUAUCAGUGCUGAUCUUAACGAACUUGGAAGAAAUUGUAUUUUGACUGUUUGUAGUGGUGUAAAAAGUAUUCUUGAUAUUGAAAGGACUUUGGAAUAUCUUGAAACUCAGGGUGUUUGUGUUGCAUGUUAUGGUGGCAGUCUUACAUUCCCUGCCUUUUACUCUAAAGAUUCUGGAUACACAGCGCCUUACCAAGUGCAAGAUCCACGUGAAGCAGCCAGAUUACUAAAAGCAGCUUUGGAUUUGAAUAUAUCAUCAGGUGUUUUAUUAGCUGUUCCUGUACCAAAGGAAUUUUCUAUUGAAUAUGACACGAUGGAAGCACAUAUUGAGCUAGCACUACGUAAAGCACAGAGAGAACAUAAAUUUGGCAAAGAUAUUACUCCUUUUCUUCUACAAGAAUUAGCCAAUAUUACAGACGGGAAAAGUUUAGAAACCAAUAUGGCAUUAAUUAAAAAUAAUGCAUUGGUUGGAGGAAAAAUAGCAAAAGAAUUAAGUAAUUUACCUGAGAAACCAUUCUCUGUAACCACUACUAGGAAAUAUCCAGUAGUGAUUGGAGGUUCCAAUUUGGAUUCUGUGAUAAACUUGAAUGAUGAUAUAAAGGUGAGUCUUUAUUUUAUUUUUUUUGUCAUUCUGUCUUGCAAUUUUAGAAUACAUAUUAAAUUAUCAUUAAUGUUCAAUAUUUAGUAAUAUGAUGCAGAACAUGAAUUCACCCUAGAGACCUACAUUAUUAAACAACAUUAAUAAGUAAAUAUUGUGAAUUAGUAGAGACUGUAAGUUUAGCAUACGUAUGUACUUUAGACCUAGUGUCUCCAAACUACGGCCGGGGGCCGGAUCCGGCUCGAAAGCACUUCCAGUCCGACCCGCAAUAGUUGAUUACAUGGUAAAAUUUUAAAAACGUUUUAAAAAAAUAUGAAAUUUAUCAAAUUACUCAUAUAAGAGGUUGCUACAUUUAUUGCAUGGGUUUUUCUCUUAGAAAGUUCAUUUCACGACUGAAGUAUCAUUUAUAGACAAGAUAUUUUUUUCAUCACAAGUUGUGGCCCUCGGAACUUGGAGAUAUCAAUGUGCCCCGUGGACCAAAAAGUUUGAAGAUCUCUGUUUUAGAUAGUAAAGGCCAUCACCACUCCUCCACUGCAUUGCUGUUCACUUAUUCUUCGCCAGCCUUCAGUUACCAGCCAAGGUAUAAAAAUAAUUUUCUUAUGUGUAAGGAAGGCUAUAUAUCAAAACCACUUUGAAGUUUUAGAUCUUGACCAAUGAUAGAUAUGCUUCUUAAAUAUAUUUAAAACAACACUUCAACCUACACCCCUGUAUUUAAUAUGUAUUUAAAGCAAUAAUACAAUCUACAGUCCUGUUAGGAAGGGGAAGCAAAAUAGUUCAGAGGGUAGAAUCUUCUGGCAUCUUGUUCUUAUUGCCUCCAAAUCUUGGAUACCAUAAGUAUAAUUUCAUUUAGAAAGGUUAUACUUUGUUUUUCAUUGUUCCAUUGUUUUUCAGAUGCUCUCUCCGGAACUGUUAAGUUCGACAAUGUGUACCUAAAUAUGUAAUUCUAUCACAAUUUCCUAUGAUCAAACUGUCUCCCAAGAAUAUUGUAAAUAGAAAUCACGAUCAAAACAAAUAAUAAUCACAAUUAUAACAUACUUGGAAAAAAAAAUCAUCUGUAGUCAUAUGGCCAAUGUAGGUACAAACCUGUUUGUCAGAGUAAUAAAUCAUAUGUAGUAACACAUGCUUUGUUUUGUACAAUGUGGUCUCUUAGUAAGCAUCUGUUUUAUAGACCAGCAAAUUUCAAACUGUUUUUGUUACGACACCUUUAUCGGGAUAAAAACAUUUUGCGCAAC